AUGGCUACGCGCAACUUCAUCACUAUUCUCGUCGUGACGCUGGUGGCAGCGAUUUUCGCCUUUGAUCAGCUACCAAGCAACUACUCGCUAAAGCAGAGGAAGACCACAUGCAAGGACUACUGCAUGGGGAAGUUCAUCUCCGACCAGACGGACUUCCACUUCCAGGACGCCGGAUGGGAAAUUUGCGCUUGCCCGGUUGCUCAGGAGAGUGGAAGCUGGUUCAACUCGAAGUGCUACAAAAAUUGCCACAAGCGAUGCCUGAGCACCAACGGGCUCUGCGCCUGGAAUCAGGCGUUGAACACCGACUACAAGGGUCGCUGCUGCUCGAACGCGAACAACAACGCUGCCAUCCGCAAGCAGUGCUACAAGAACGGAACUGGGCUGUGCUAUCAGACC